AUGCGACAGUUGGCUGUUACUGGUCCAGGCAUGGAGGAGUGUGCUUGCCUCUGCUGCGCGGGCCUUUCGCAGGGAUGCCAGUGUCGCCAGCACCACCCAGGACCAGGUGAGAUGGCAGCAGCCGACAGCAAGCCGGCCCCGGCCCCGGCCCCUGAAAAGCAGCACGUGGCUGCGAACACCAAGGUGGCUGGGUCCUCUGCGGGCAGUGGAGGGACCAGGAACCCCAUGCUACCCAUCCUGCCCCCGCGCUGCUGCUCGCUGCAGGACCUGCCUCCGGAGCUGCUGGUGGAGAUCUUCGCCUCGCUCCCGGGCACCGACUUGCCUAGCGUGGCCCAGACCUGCACCAGAUUCCACCGCAUCCUGCACGUGGACAGCAUCUGGAGACGGCGCUGCCGGGAGGAGUACGGCUGUGGUGGAAACUUGCCGAACCUGGAGACGAUGGGUGUGUCUUGUCGAGAACUCUAUGCGAAGCUGCUCCACCCUUACAGACACAUUUUGGGAUUGUGGCAGCCAGAUAACCAGCCCUACGGAGGACUGCUGGGGGUAGCGGUGCACGGAGUGUGCAUCUUUGGUUGGACGUACCUGCCUCUCCAUGACCCCUAUGGGUAUGACUCGAUGAAAUUCAAGCCUGCGUUUAGGAUUAGCCUGACGGAGAGUAAGCGGGCCGUGGUGGAGUGCCUGCAGGGCCGCAUAGGGCCCCACGGCUGCCGCUACCAGAUUCGGAAGGACGGGUUCUCCACCCACUGCCACCAACCGGGCCACCACAGGAUAUCUGGCUGGAGCACCCAGGAAUUAGAAACGUGGCUGAAGAAAGAAUGGGGGCGGGCGAUGCAGGACAUUCUCCAGAAUGACAGGCUGUGCUUCGUCCUGAAUCAGUCCAUCUGCGGUCGGCUUAACAACUGGGCUUACCGCCGCAUCUACCUCCCGCCGAGCCAGCCGGGCGACCUCAUCAGGCCAGGCCUCUUCCAGGGCACCCACGAUGUCUAUAGCCCAGAGGUCGUCCUGCUCAGCUUCCACGGGAAGCAUGCCAGGGUCACGAAGAUCACGGGUGACUACCAAGUCCCCGCUGGGCAGCAGGUGCUAGAGAUCCACCUCGGGCGCCGCAUCCGGCUGCCCCAUUACUUCAGUGAGUGCUCCCGCCUGAUUCAGGAGGUUCACUGGCAGAUGAUCCAGGAGCAGCAGCAGAGAGAAGACUGGACCGAAGAUGGCGAGGGCCAUGGCUGGCUGAGCCCUGCGCAGCCCAGUGUCGGGGAGUCCCCGGCUGCAGCUUUGGCAGAGCAGCCCAUGCAGUUUGUUUUGCCUGAGGGCACGAGCUCAAGAAUCCAGAACUACCCCCGAACCUACAGGAUGUGUUUCUACGGCUUCGCCUACAUGCAGCGCAUCCCCGGAGUCUUCGUCCUGUUCGAUGAGGACCACUUCGGGUUCAUCUGGCUGUACCCCAAUUGCCUCAGCCUGUACAGCAGAGUCCAGACCACCUUCCCGAAUGCGGAGGCACCAUCCCCACAGGCCUUCCAGGAGAUGCUCGAGAACAUUCAGUUCCUAUCCCCUGCCCUCAGGACACCUUGGGGAGAAGAGGCUUCAGAGGAAGUGUAG